UCAUUAGAAUAUGGUAGUGUAAUGUCAGAUUUCUCUUACAAAGUUGUGAAUAGCUAGCAAGGAACUUCACUUUUGAGAGGGAAUAUUCAAUGAAUAAUUUACUCAUCAAAAACGAUGCCAUAUUAGUUUUCAAAGCCAUGAAUCACAUUGCUCCUGAUUACAUGCGCUCAAAAUUCCUUUUGACAAAAAACUGUCAUAAUCAUCAAACAAGAGGAGCUUCAAAAAACAGGUUCACACUUCCCUUGGUCAACACGGAAUUUGGCAAAAAAGCCUUCCCAUUUAGAGCUGCAAAAGUGUGGAAUAAUCUUCCAGACCAAGUGACCUGUGAUGGAAGUCUGCUUUCGUUUAAGACUUCCAUCUCUAAUGUAUUUGGCAAAUUCUAAUGGAGAUCACUUUUGAAUUUUUUAAUUUUUGUUUUUUAUUCUUUUUCUUUUCAAUUUUCACAGAUUAUAAAUGUUACUAUGUUUGAUUGAGCUGAGGCAGUCUAAGGUUUAUCAUUUUUUGUUUCUUUUUUGUUCUAGUGGCCCCCAGUGGAAACAAUCCACUAACUAUAGGUUUUUGUGAUUUUCUGGGCUAGCCACUUUAAAUAUUUAUUAUUAUUAUUAUUAUUAUUAUUAUUCAGAAUACUAGUAUACCAUUUUUAAUACAGUAAGCAGUGUAGCUACAUAUGUUUGUCUUCUUAUCAUCUCGCUUCAACGCGAACAUGCCAAAUUGUAUUUAGCUACCCAGCAAACCCUAUAUUUGAUUGCAACUUUUGACAUACAGAGUCAGAAAAACUUUAUCAACAAAAAAAUAUUAUAUAGACCUUUUGAAUAUUUACUUAUUUUCCGCGAUAAGGUAAGUUUUUUCGUAUAAUUAUACCAACGCUACCUACAAAGUAUUUCGUUUCGUUAAGCGAAUGUCAUAUGAAGUGCUUUAUUUAAAAUAAAACGAAGUUCAAACAAACUUUUUUAAUACAUGAUACGAACUUAAACGAAGUUAUACAUAUAUACAUAUACCAUACAAAAAGAAAUUAUACAAACUUUGAACAAAGUAAAUUGCUCUGCGAUCUUGAAACAAACUUCAAAAGUACUGGUGUAAUUGCGCAUAAUUUUUUCAAUACGAAACCAGAAACAAAAGAAGUAAACUAUACAAGGUUGACUUCUUUGGGAAAACCAGCAAAAUUGCGUAUUCAUAGGUUCAAUAUACACAAUCCGCGGAGCUUUUUUUCGCUUUUACGAUGCAGUUUUCAUGAUUUUUAAACGCUCUGCAGAGAUAUUUUUCCUUUUCUACAAUGCGAUGGUGACGAUCCCUAAAGACCUUAGAUAAUAAGUCCAAUUAAAAUAAACGCAGUGUGUAUAACAAGACGAACUUUAUAAUUGUUAAAAAAAAUUCAAAAUAAGGACUAUAGAUAAUAGUCCAAAUAUAGCUAAUUAACGAACUUUGUAUAAGCAAAUUUUUAUAUGAACUUCUUUGAAAUGAUGCCACAUACAAACUUUAUUUUAAAUGAUACAAACUUUAUUUUAAAUGGUACGAACUCUAUACAACUUGUAAUUUAGAUGAUAUGAAAAAGUUUGUAUGAAAAAUAAAAUGAUACAAAAGAUUUAAUAACUUGAUACGAUGUUUUUGAUACGAAUUAUACGAAAUACUUCAGACAUUUUGAGACGAUCCCUAAGAUUCAGGAGCUUGCUGCAGAAUGGUCUUUUUUCAGUUCAUUUCGUUUUAUGGAGGCUUUUAACUAUUAUGGAGUGUAGAUGGAUAACUCUGAUUGGCAUUCAUUUAUAUAAAGUCAUAAUGAUACCUGUGUGAAGUGUGAAGAAGUAGACUAAAAAAGACCUCACUUCACCUAGAACCUGCAUAUUUUUGCCUGCCACGCAAUUGUUAAAGCCAAAAGUGCUUAUUGGGAAAAAUGUAAACAUUCAAAAGGGUCUAUGUUUUGUUAUCUUUCACAGCCUUUACUCAUUUGAAUAAGAGAAUAUAUUAAAAUUUGUAUAUUUGAAGAAUUUAGAAAACAAAAAUUAAAAAAAAAUCACCCAGUUACUACCAUAAAAUUAAGAGCUGAAUCUACUGGAACUCUGUGUUGAUGAUUGCAUGAGAACCUCUCGUCCAAAUUUAAAAAACUUGGAAUACCAGCUCUAAAUUUUUCACUGAUUUUAUUGUGUUCUAUUACAAAUUAGGGUCAGUGAUAUGUUUUGUUGAUAUGGAAAUGUUCCCUUGUAUAAAAAUAAUCUGUUUUUGAACCUCACCGGAACUGUUUACCUACAAUAAUGUGCUUUGUUAACCGUAUCAUCAGGGCUUGUAAUCGAAAAGUAUAGUGUUUGCAAGGGUCCUGAUGGUUGAUGGUUGGAUAGUUCAGACAAAAAUUUUUUACAAUUUUAUAGUUUGAUUCGCUACCCGGCCCUAACGCAAAUAACUCAAAUAUUUGUGACGAUUUCCUAAACUAAACGAAUUGUGAUACACACACAAUAAAUUGUAUUUGUCUUCAGGGUGUAAUCCAGAAAUGUAAAAUAACGGCCGUUAAAUCCCAAAUCGGAAUUUUAUAAAGUGUUGGUAUUUUGAAAUUUAAGUUCUUCACAACUUGCAUAAAAUUGGCCCUAAGUCCUAUAUUUUGCAUUAAAUAUAGUACGCUCUUUUAAUAAAUUGAGAAAUUUGGGAUAAAUUUAAAUUUGAAAUAGCUGUUUCACGGUCACUGAGAACACUGGAUUAUACCCUAACGUGUUACAUCUGCAUCAACAUCUUGCUCCAUAGAGCUGAUUGGACUGUUCUCUUUGCAUGCUUUAUGCUUUUUUAAAGGGGCUCAACUCGAAUCCCCCACAAAAAUCAUAAGAACAACGUUAACAGAAAAUGAGGCUAAAAAUAAAUACAGCCAACAGCUUGCAAUAAAAACAAAGAAAAUGCAGCAGUUCUAGAUUUUUUUAGAAAAAAUUAUUACUUAUCUGACUGACUCAAUUUUAAUUGGAAAUAGCCCAAACUAAACAUAUCUUGAAAGUGCCACACUUUCAGCUUUACAUAGAGGCUUGCGAAAAGAACUCUGUAGGCCUCGUCACACAGUUGCUAUGUUUAAUACGAAUAAUAUGGUGUGUUGCUAUACAGCUGCUACUUUAACAUGGAUUAGAAAAUCCCAAUGUACCAACAACCUUUCAAGAAAACAACCCUGAUGCUUUUACACAAAAUAUAUUAAUGAUUUUGUAUAACAAAAACAAGAGAAAUAAAUGUCUUUUGUUGGUGGCUUAUUCAAGAACCAUGUGUAAAGUUUGGAUUUUUUAACUAAGAAAACUAUCUGUUUUCUUUUAGAAAUUAACAGUUGCUUUACACAUGGUUCAGCAUGGCCAACAUGGUUAACGACAAUCUUUGCAAUAAAAGCUUAAAGACUUGUUUUAAUCAUAUUCAGUCAAUUUUCAAUGAUCAAAAUAGCACAUUUUUAAACCAACUGAAAGAUCUACAACACGAGGUUUUAGGUCUGAGAAAGGAAAAUAAGGAUUUAAGAGAAAGAAAUAAUGAUGAAAAAUCUGAAGUUUUUAACCAGGAGAUGAUAAUUAAACUUAAGCAGAAAGUUGAUCAAUUAGAAGAAAAGUUAGAACAAAGUUAUUGUGAAUUAAAUAAGUGGCAUCAGAAAUGUGAAUCAGUGAAACAAAAAUGUCAGAAAAAAGUCAAGGAGUGGAUUAGCUACUUCGAUUACAUUCAAGCUAAUUGUGUGUGUGAUUUUGGAAAGAAAUUACAGAGCGACUCAUUUCCAGGAAAUUGUAAAGAGAGGUUAACAAAGUUGUCGGAAUCUGAUCAUACGAUUUCGGAUAUACGAAACACGUAUCCAGGUGUCAAUAGAAAACAUACUAACCUAAGCAAGAUUUUUAUGUCGCCAAUCAAAACAACUAAGGAGAACAGCAUAAUUGCUUUAGCUCCAAUGACUGAGCAAUAUGACGAUUCUGUGGGGCACUACGCUAGCACACCUGUUGUAGUAGGUGAAACAGAACAUCCUGAAGCAGAUUAUAUUGAAAUUGGGAGUGAUGAUGAAACUGCAUGGUUGAGUAGUCCUUCUCUCAUAAGUAAUAAUUUCCCAUUGCGUGAUAACAAAAACAAUUAUCCUCAUAGCAGUUCAGUAAAUACGAAUAAAGAUGUGAUAUUUGAUUUUAAAAAACCAACAACGCUCCCACUAAAGCAGUUGGAAACACCCAAAGGACCAAAUGUGAAGAAACACGUGUUAGAAACUAGUGCUGAUCUCUUCAGUGAUACAUCACCUGUUCAAAACUGUUCAAACCAAUCAAGAAAUGUGGACCUAAAGUCUAAGGUUUUUACUGCUGGUACAACUGUUGAGACUGUGAAAAUUAGUGAAAAACAAGAGGUAGAUAGUUUUUUAAAUCAAUUAGUUGAUAAACAACCAUACAAGUUCAGUGAAGUUGUGCGGAAAAAAAAUGAUCGUGAAAAACUUAAUGGUUAUGAUUGCAGAGAAUGUCGGCAGUACUAUGCAGAUGAUAACUUGACAGAAGAACAACUAAAACUGGUCCUGAAAAAUUGUUCUAGGCAUAGACAUCAGUCCACACCUCCACCUGAUACUCCCGAAGACUUUUGGGAAGUUGGUUUUCCAAAUACGCAAGAGUGUAUUGACAAAGGUUUAAUGUUUGACGAAAAUCAGACACUGCCUGAUUAUGCUAAGCCAGUAAUGCGAAAAGGAAAAAGCAGAAAGCGAAUAAAGUAUCAGUAACACUCAACGUUUUAUUAUUUAAUUAACAAGGUUUAGUUGUUCUGUCUUAAGUUGCUAAAAAUUCUGUUGUAAAUGAAAAUAGUUUGUUUCACAAUUUUUUUUAUAUAUAUAUAAAAUAAAUAAAUAAUUUUCAGAUUUUAA